AUGUCUUCGAUACGACUCGCAACGGCCGCGAACGUGCUAGCGUUCCAGAACUUGACGACCGCUCUCGACACGAGCGACGGCAAAUGGGCACAUCUAAUUGAAUCCGACGGCCUACAAGAUGAAAUCGGACGGUUCAGAGUGUGGUCCGGCAACCUCGGAGCUCUGCAAAAAGGCCAUAGCUCGCUCGACUAUCGGCUUCGCGACUCUCCACUGCUAUCCACCAACACCCUCAAGUUCCUCAAAGAGUUAGAGGAAAACAUCAAUGAAGCCUCUGCAAUAGUGUCUGGGACUCGGUUACCUUACGAAUUGCAACCCAGACCGGAGGCGACUGAAGAGGACGAUGACGACGAUGAUGAUUUCUUUGAUAAAGAUGAUGAGGACGACGAAGACACCGGCUCCCGAACCGAGCUGAGCAUGCGCUUCUCGGAGAUUGUAGAUAUCAUAGACAAUCUGUACAAGCUGAGUGUCCGAAUCAGAACACCGACUAUCCGAACAAGAUCGGCUAAAGCAGCGACCUUCAAGCCGAAAGAUCCGGAAACAGGCGUGGAUAUUCUGAGCAAAUAUGCCGACUAUGAUCUUCAGCAUGUCAAAGAGCUGCUCCGGUAUCUCCGGCAGCCUCACGAAGGAGAAGCGGAUGGUGCAGAUUAUGACUACCUCACCAUCCGACUCAGUGCUGCAAUCACCCUUCGCAGAAGACAAUUCAAAUACUGGAAGCGACAUCGGGAUAAGCUAGGCAUGUCGACAGUCCAGGAGGAAGAGACACCCCUGGAACAGCCCACAAUGGAUCGUCCCGCAAUGCCCACUCGAAAUGAUACCAUGGAGGCUCUCCCAGGUACACCACUUCUCGUCCGCAAUCAAGAUGCACCUAGUCAAAAGACUGGCAAAACCUUGUUAUCAGGCACAGAAGCUACACAGCACCACCAGUCCCUCGAUGAAAUCGUCGAUACCAAAUCUGUUACUAGCUACGCAGUCACUGUGAAGGAUCUGCAUGGCAAAGGAGUCGAUCUGCCUCCACCUCCACGUGCCGCUGACAGUGAGAAGGACUUUGAGUGCCCGUACUGUUAUAUUAUAUGUCCUGCUCGAUAUGGUAGAGGACGUGCUUGGAGGACUCAUCUUCUACAGGAUUUACAGCCUUAUGUGUGCACAUAUCCUGACUGUGACAGCUCCGAGCAGUUGUUCCGAUCUCGAAGAGAAUGGGCUGACCACGAAGCUACGCAUCGCAAGGCGUGGAGAUGCCCGGAACAUCCUAAUGCUAUCUACAAGACCAGUGCUGGAUUGGAAGAUCAUUUCCAGCGCGAGCAUGCAGAGUCUUUUCCAGAAAGCCAACUAUCCGCGAUCGUCAAGGUCGGUGAGACGACCACCGUAGACGCGCGCACAACCUGCCCGAUUUGCUCGGCGCCUGCAGACAUCGAGGGUCUUGGUGAUUUCCACAACCAUAUCGCCAACCAUCUCGAAAGACUCGCGACUUUUGCGCUACCCAACGGCAGGGAAGAUGAUUCAGAUGGAGCCAGUAGUGCAGCAAGCAGAAACUAUAUCCCGAAACGACCGGGAGAAGGCAUCCAGCAUCUGAAGGUCUUGACCUCGCGGACGAUCAUCCCCAAGAAGCAGCGACUCGAGCAAUUUUGUCCGCGGAAAGCCUCCAGCAAUUACCAGAUGCGAGCCAGGAACGACUUGGUGCGCUAUUUCCAAGCUCUGGCAGUCAGCCUGAUGAUCGAAGCAGAUCAGGCUCAGGAUCUGAGGAUAGCAGCUACUAUGCUCCAACAGCGCGAUCAGAGUUUCGCCCCGAACGACAAAUACAACCGAAUCAUAUCGUUUUGCCACCACGAUCUGACGAAGCUGAAGGUGGAUGCAAUAGUCAAUAGUGCUAACAAGUCUCUGAAGAUGACAAGAGGAGAUACUCUUAAUAAUGCUAUUCAUAAAGCUGCUGGACCAGGACUCUCUGUCGAAGCGCGAUUGACAGGAAGACUGGAGGGUCAAGCACUUAUUACUGGAGGACACAAUCUUCCCAGUGAACAUGUCAUACACGUGCUGAGGCCUGGUUAUUUCAGACACAAAGGCAUGGGAGAAUUCAAUCAGCUCAUCGACUGCUACCGCGAGGUUUUAAAAGUGGCAAUCGAAAACAAAAUCAAGACCAUCGCAUUUCCUUGCUUAGGCACAGGAGGUGUGGGCUUUCCAGCACGAGUGGCUGCGCGCAUCACCCUGCAGGAGAUGCGCGAGUAUCUCGACGCUCAUCCGGAGCACAAUCUGGAGCGCAUCAUCUUUUGCGUAAACACCGCGGCAGACGAAAAGGCAUACAUAGACUUCUUGCCAGUAUACUUUCCGCCUACGCAUGACGACCUGGAUUCUGCACGAGGGAUCUGGUCAGAGGACUAUGCGGCACAGGCAAUGAAGAUUCUUGACACGCGAAAUGAAGUUCAGAAAGUCUUUUCGGACCUAAAUCUUGGGAUGAGCCUUUCAGUCACCGACUUCCCGCAGGACAUCCUCAACCAUCUUGCAGCCAUAGACUCCUCUCUCUCGUCGAUCCGACGGUUUCUCCUUUGGUCGAACGAUGUCAACAAAAACAUCCGAGAUUUGAAGCUCGUCUGUACAGUGUUGAUGCUAUUUUGCGGAAACAUUACCGAAAUCAUUGACCUGGCCAAAGAUCAUGCCAAUCUCGGCCAGCGCGGCGACAAGUCGAUAUGGGAUGACUACCUCGCGGACAUGAAUACUAGGCUCCAAACAACUCCCUCUGAGCUCCUGCAGCUAUGUCGCGACUUGCUCGAAGGUCUGGAUAACAUGAUCACAGGACACGGAUAUGACCUAGACGAAAUCAUGGAAAUGGUCGAGACACGUCAAAAGCUCGAGCACUACAAAGUCAAACAGAGAGGAGGUCGUGAAGGCGAAGGGAAUCAAGAUCAUUUGAACGAGGUCUUGCUCACUCGAGAGUUCCAAAACGAAUCAAUUGCUCAGUCACGAGACAGUGUCAAGCUGUAUCAAAUACGCUCGGUGGCACAACUCUACAAGUUAGGUGAGCUAGAGGAGAAGCCUACCCAGGCGAAGCCAUCCGCAGUCUUCAAUGACAAGAUCUAUCUUGUUCGCGAAGACAUUACGAAACUCGAGGUUGAUGUCAUGGUCAACUCGACUGAUGUCUCGUUCAGAGGCAUGGGAACACUAGAUCGGACAGUCUUACAAAAAGGCGGCGAACAAAUGCGCGCCGCUGUCACGGCAUUCGGGCAGUGCAAAAUUGGUGAGGUGAGACAUACGGAGGGAUACAUGCUUCCAGCCAAACAUGUCUUGCAUAUCAUACCUGCGGACAGGUACAACGGAGGAACCAAGAUCGUACUGAAGAAGCUCUACCGAGAAGUUCUGCAAGAAGCCGUCAGCAUGAGAGCGACGUCUAUCGCUUUGCCCAGCAUAGGUACUGGUAUGUUGAACUACCCAAGACGAGAUGUCGCAUCAGUUGCUCUUGAGGAGGCCAAGCGUUUUCUGGAAUCGGCAGAACGCAAUAACCCUGUCGAAAAGAUCAUCUUCGUGGUGUUCUCAUCUAAUGAUGAAUUCGUGUACAAAAGCCUCAUGCCAGUGUACUUCCCACCAAUUAUCGACGAUUUGAUAGUCCCAUCUAUAACCAUCACAAAGCAAGACACUGGCAUAUCUGCUACCUCAAACACAUCAGAUGCACCACGACGCACUCUAUUUGGGUCGAUCGGUGAAGCUUUGCGCUCUGUCCGCCUCGGAAAACAGCCAGAAGCUCCCCGCCCAAUUACCGCCAACGAAGAGCAAGCUCUCAUUAGAUUCGAAUCGCACGCCAAAGAGUGUGAGACCUGCCAGGAUAUCGACAGGCUCUACCUCGAGGGACGAGAUCUGUGCAAGACUGGCUUUUCCCGUGCACAGACAGUUCUCUGGUACAUGAACAUGCAGUCGGAUCAAAACGUAUACACCAAGCCGGACAUCAGGGGUCAAAGCACCAAGAUCGAACUAUCAAAGGACAUGUUCCCCAUCUCUAUGCGAAUGCUAAGUUUCGUCGAGAAGAGUCAUGGCGAUAAAACUCGCAGCCGGCCCUUUGUCGCUCAGCAUCGACCUUACGGCGCCGUCAUACAGGACCAAGCAGUGGAUACACCAUCGAGUGUUAGGGACGAUACGGCAGUUCCGCAGGGACCAAAGAAGUCACGGGCGCGCGUUCUUGCGACGCUCGACUCAACUUCUGCGCCCACUCCGGUGUCUUCUCAGGAAUGCCAUAUUCAAGUAUAUCCUGACCGUGUCGAUGUCUUCCAACAUGGGUACGAAAACAAGCUACAGUGGCCUCUUCUAUCACUUAGUCUCAAUGACACCUCCGUUGUGUCGCGACUCAAAACCACUCCGGAAUUGCAGCUCGAUGGUGUGGAUCGUCUCCCGACCUCGACCAUGUCGGAGACCACGGGCAAGCUUAUCUUCCGUUGCCGAAACGACAACGAAUGCAACGCACUUCUUCGCGCAAUUCGGCACGUCAUUGUACGCAUUCAGGCCUCCAACUACUCGGUAGAUCGGGAGCAGGUCAUUAUACCGAACAACGACGCAGGACCCCGCGAUGAACCAGCCUUUAUUCAGCCGGUGAAGACCUUGGUGCAGAAGAAACUUGCAGAAGAUGGAGAUGUGACGAGUCUUGGUGACAAGGUCAAUGUCUCUUCCGGCAAGGUCAGCAUCUACAGUGGUUUCGGUGAAGACGGUGAAUUCCCCGUGCUGUUGACUUUGCAGCUGCAUGCAUCGUCCACCAUACAGCAAUACACGAAAUGGGCCGAAAUCACCCUCGCUGGAGCUAUCCAUUCGCCGUCUUUCUUCAAUACUGAAGGAGAUGUGACCUUCAUCUGCAAGAAUAAUGAAGAUCGCGAUGUGUUGUUCCUCAGGAUCCAGCGGGAAAUAACCCGUCUGCAAGGUCCCCAGGAAGCUCGAGAUGAGGAGACAACUGUAGCGUCAACUGGCGAUUUUGGAGAGGUAUCAUCAAGCGAGCAUGUCCAAUGGAGUGAACGCCUCAGUGACAUUCGCAGCGAACUCGCUGGUAUCAAGCGAGCAAGUGGCGGACUCAGCGACUUGCAGUACAAGAUGGAGAGACUGAGCACGGCCACAGUCACACUCGGCACGAACGCUCAAGCAGCAUCAGACGCUUCGAAGUUGUUUGAUCCUUCCAGAAGCGAACUAGCAACACGAAUUUUGUUGUGUCUUACAGCUGACCUCAAGUCGCGACCGGGCUCAUACAUUGGCUUGGAUACCAGUAGUAUCGUCGCCGCUGUUCGUGCUGAAGAGCAAGAAGUAAAGCUGGCAUUGAUGGAACUAGUUGAUCAGGACCAAGUUCACAAUACCAUGGAUGAAAGUACCUGGGUUGUCACUCAUCCGCCGGAGAACCUUCCCGCGCUUGCAGGAGAGGAGCUCGAGUCUGGUCCUCAUAGUGCUGAUGUUACAUACGACGCGCCAAUGCCAGACGAAGCAAAGGCGCCAGGACAUGGACCCACCACCAGAGGAGAGUCCGUUAUGUGCAACGCCUGCGAUAUACUUCUUCCAAAUGGUUCUUUGUCACCCCCCACACGGGCUAGACCUGAAGUGGCUUUGCAAGACCUAAGUUCCACCGUUCAGGCCGUCUAUCACAAUGUCGUGGAGGCUUCAAAAGGUCCUGCUGGUGGCGUGCAUACUCUGCACAUUGCCCAGUCGACUGGAAGGCCGCGUGUAGAGGUGGAAAACGCACUUGCGAUACUGAAUCGUUGUGGCUUUGUACAUACUCAUGGUGAGUGGUGGGCGGCCACAACGAGAUUUCAGCAAAGCGACGGUAAAGAAGGAGAAGCAGAGGGCAUUGUGGAGACGGCAGUGUCUGAUGCCAGAGACGCGCUAUCCGAACCAGCAACAUCAGGACCUUCAACAUCUAAAGACGCUACGCCGGCUCAAAAAGGCAAGGAGCCCAAGUCCUCAGAUCAAACUGGAUCAAACAUCACACCAGAGCAAUCGGUCACCAACAGGCCACAAGUACAGCUCAACCCAACUACGGAGAAGGUCUACACAUACCUCCUUAACUAUACAUUCGCCCCACCAGAUGGCGCCCACCACAUCCUCGACAUCGCAGCUGCCGUAUAUCUCACCCGCGAAGAAGUCCGACAAGCCCUUGCCGAGCUUAAAGAGCUUGGCCUCGCCAACGUCAGCGGCAAGAAUGGAUGGUGGUGGGCCACGAAAGCUGACGCACCUCAGCCGCCUGGUGAAGAGGGUCGGGACCAAAGUCUACCAUCUACCACUCCAGCAGUCACAGUGAGCGACAAACCAGCACCUCAAGCCCACACCACUAGCCCCGACCCUCUCGAUCUCGACACCAUCACCAUUACCUCUCACAUCCGUUACACCCAGCCCUUCGGCUCCCGCAGCGCCGAAGCGCGCUGGACACGCAUCGACCGGCGUCUUCUCGCUCAGAGGGUUCUCGUUGCAGCGAACGAAGAAUUCCACCAUGCAGACGAGGAUAUUGUUUUCCAUCGCGUCGUACCGCGUUCCCUGCUGGAGCGCUGGUUUGAGGAGACCAAGGCGUUGAGGAAGAAGGAUGGAGGUGGGCGGAGGGGGAGUGAGGCAUUGGAGCAGGAUCAAGGUGAGGGCAGGAGCAAGGGCAAAGAGAGGGAGAGGAGAGAUGUUGAGCAGGAGAGGUUGGAUAGGGUAAUUGCGGGUGAUAUGAAGGAGGAUGAGAUGAGGAGGUAUGAGGAUGAGAAGGAUGCGCAGUGGAUGCAGCGGCGGCAUAUGUAG